GUCAACAUAAUAAUUGAGGCAAAAAGCGAACCAAAAAAAGAAUGAGAAGAAAAAAAAAAAAAGGAAGAAAAAAUAAAUGAAGUGUGAAGUCCAUUUGUUAGGUAUAGCUUCGAAGUUCUGCAACAAAAAACCAUCCAAAUUCAUUGACAAAUCCAUCUGUGUGUGUAAUCACCAAAGAGAUGUGCUCCCCGGCAAUUAAGGGCUCAAUGAAUAUGAACUCAUGGCGUAAUUGCAAUUUUCAGAAGCAGGACGAAGCUGUUCUAUAUACAUCUGUCAUUCAAGAAUCUGGUGCUCCUCAUCUAGAUGACAAAGAUCGAUCCUCAGGGACAUGGUUUGAGUUGGAUUCCUGCUCUUUUAUAUAAUUUUCAUUUCAUUUCUUUGAAAACUAUAUUUGCAUUUGCAACUUGAAUCUUUCUAGAAGAUAAAUUAUUUAUGCAAUAUAAUAGGUUACCCAAAUCAUGAUUCCAAACGUAGAUGUUUCUCUGUUCUGGAGUCUGACUGCGUCUAGGAUGUGUAGAGUUGAGUUGCUUUCUUCUUUAUAUACUUAGGAAUGCUAUAUUCAGGCAUCUAUAUCAAAAAUUUAGAGAAGACCCUAAAAUAGCUUGCUGUGUGGAGGACAAAAUUUAUAGAUAUUGGAUGUAUUCUAUAUACUGUAUUAGAACUAUUUCAUGCAGGUGUGGUCUUUUAUUUUCUGUAGUUCAAGUCAGGCUGAAUUGGCGGGCCUGGAAACGUGAUCUAAUAUAAGAAAAAAAAAGCGUAUUUGGUGCAGAGAACAGAAAGCCUAAAAAUGAUAUCUUAAUUGACGAAAUGCUGCAGCUGAAGGAAUCGUGUUCUAGCUUUUGCAGUCAGGAUUAUUUUGAUAAGAUCAAGGAGUUGCAGUUUUAUGUUGAUAAGGUGAAGAGAUUCACAAGACCCGGUUGUUCGGCAGAAACUUUGGAUGUUGCCUUGAGCUCGAUUUCCUCCCUUGUCGAUACACUAUCAGCAAUGUCUUCCAAACAGCUUAUUCUUCACGCAUCGCUUUGACAAAACCAGGGUUCGGUGUUUCCCUGCGGAUCGAAGAUCCAAGUUUGCAGCCUUGAUAGCCCAAUAAGCGCGAUGCUCGAUCUCUACCGGCAAAUGGCAAGCUUUGCCAUACACAAGACGGUAGGGGCUCAUCCCAAGAACUCCUUUGAAGGCGGUCCGAUAUGCCCAUAGAGCAUCCGAGAGCUUGAUGGAUCAAUCCUUGCGCGAUGGUUGCACGGUCUUUUCAAGUAUGCCCUUGAUUUGCCGGUUGCUGGUUUCGGCUUGCCCCGAAGUCUGCGGAUCAUAAGGAGUUGCAACCUUAUGGGUGAUGCCAUUUUUUCGCAUGAGCUUCUCAAACAAUUUGUUGGAUAAGUGUUUUCCCCCAUCACUAAUGAUAGCACGGGGGAACCCAAAACGGCACAAAAUGUUCUCCUGCACAAACUUGAGGACAACAUUAGCAUCACAAGUCCUCGUGGGGAUUGCCUCAACCCACUUGGACACAUAAUCAACCGCCAAUAAAAUGUAUUCAAAUCCGUAAGAAAUGGGAAAUGGCCCCAUGAAAUCGAUGCCCCAUACGUCGAAAAUUUCCACAACUAAAAUGUUAGUUAGGGGCAUCUCAUUCCUACGGCCAAUGUUUCCCACUCGUUGACAACGGUCACAAGCUAGAUAAAAUGAAUGAGCAUCCUUAAAGAGAGUUGGCCAAUACAAACCAGAUUGGAGCACUUUGUGGGCUGUCUUUUGUCCGCCGAAAUGGCCUCUACAAUGAGCGUCAUGACACCACUGUAAGACGCGUUGUUGCUCUUCAUUGGGCACACACCUUCGUAUCACUUCGUCUUUUCCCAACUUGAACAAGUAGGGAUCUUCCCAAUAGUAUUGCCUGCAAAGAGACAGAAAACGCUUCCUCUCUUGGGAAGUGAGGUUAGGUCGGAGUUCUCCACAAGCAAGAUAAUUGACAAUAUCUGCAAACCACGGGACCGAAGUCAAUGCGUAUGCAUGCUCGAAUGGGAAAGACUCAUGAAUAGCAACAUCGUUUGACUCAACCUCAUUUUGUUCAAGCCUAGACAAGUGAUCGGCCACAGAGUUUUCACUCUCUUUCCUAUCUUUGAUCUCAACAUCAAAUUCUUGCAACAACAAAAUCCAACGGAUAAGACGUGGCUUGGCUUGGGACUUAGUCAACAAAUAUCUUAGAGCCGCAUGAUCACUAUGGACGAUUACUUUAGAACCAAUAAUAUAAGCACGAAACUUGUCUAAAGCAAAAACCACAGCAAGCAACUCUUUUUCAGUGGUGGUGUAAUUCACUUGUGCACUAUUCAAGGUGAGACUAGCAUAGUAAAUCACACGCAACAUCUUAUCAACACGUUGACCAAGCACCGCACCCACGGCGGAAUUAGAAGCAUCACACAUGAUUUCAAAAGGCAUUGCCCAAUCGGGUGCAACCACAAUUGGAGCCGUGCUCAACUUGGACUUAAGCAACUCAAAAGCAUGCAUGCAAGAAUCAUUGAAUUCAAAAGGCACAUCUUGGGCAAGUAAACGGCAUAAAGGUUGACUAAUCUUAGAAAAAUCCUUAAUGAAACGCCGGUAAAACCCAGCAUGACCUAGGAAACUUCUAAUCCCUUUCACAUCAAUAGGUGGAGGCAACUUUUGAAUGACCUCUACCUUGGCCUUAUUGACCUCUAUACCAUUUUUAGACACGACGUGGCCAAGAACAAUGCCACUAGUCACCAUGAAGUGACUCUUCUCCCAACUUAAAGUCAACCCACUAGUUAUGCACCUUCGCAACACCAAAUCAAUUUUCGCCAAGCAAUCAUUAAAAGAGCAACCAAACACGGAAAAAUCAUCCAUAAAAAUCUCAACAAAAUCACCUAUCAUUUCCGCGAAGAUCGACAUCAUGCACCGUUGGAAAGGCCCCGGUGCAUUGCACAAUCCGAACGGCAUCCUCUUCCACGCAAAGGUGCCGAAGGGAGUGGUGAAUGCCGUCUUGUCUUGGUCCUCUGGUGCAAUGGCUAUUUGGUAGUACCCUGAAAGUCCAUCAAGAAAACAAUAAAAGUUAUGACCAGCUAAAUGAUCAAGCAUUUGAUCAAUAAAGGGGAGGGAAAAGUGGUCCUUUUUGGUGGCUGCAUUCAAUUUCCUGUAGUCGAUGUACAUGCGCCAUCCCGUCACGGGGCGGGUUGGCACCAACUCUUGAUCGUCAUUAAGGAUGACGGUGAUCCCUCCUUUCUUCGGCACCACGUGCACCGGACUAACCCACUCACUAUCGGCGAUCGGGUAAAUGAUCCCCUCCGCCAAUAGCUUAAGGAUUUCUUUGCGUACCACCUCCAUGAGGACCGGAUUCAAUCUCCUUUGGCCAUCUCUCUUGGGCCUCGCCCCUUCCUCAAGGUGGAUCCUGUGCAUGCAAGUGGCGGGGCUGAUGCCUUUAAUAUCGGCAAGACCCCAUCCGAAAGCUGCCUUGUUUUUCCGCAAAACCUCCAUCAAUGCCAACUCUUGCUCGUGCGUGAGCUCGGCAGAUAUGAUCACGGGCUUUUCCGCCUCUCCUUCCAAGUAUACAUACUUGAGGUUCUUGGGGAGCUCCUUGAGCUCCAAGGUUGGCUUAAUCUUCGUGGCCUAGUCAAUCACCACGGCCUCAUCAAUGGGGAGCUUAGCCUUGCGGGCCCGCUCUCUUUCUUCGGCUUCACGGGCAAACUCUUCCAUGUCCGCGGACCAUGCAAAAACCUCAACAACUUCUUGCUCCUGCACAAAGAACAUCUCGGCCAAGCCAUCAAUAGCAUCAAUAUAAGAACAUUCAUUAGCGAGUGAGGAUGAUGGCAUGGCUCGAUUAUGAUGCACAGAGAAAGACACUAACUCUCCUAACACAGUCAUUUUAAUGGUGCCAUUUUUAACAUCUAUCAAUGUGUUAGUAGUUGCCAUGAAUGGUCUUCCUAGCAAUAGAGUAUGUUCUUUGCCAUUUUCAUGUACCUCUCCUAUCUCCAAGACAACAAAAUCAACAGGUACAAUCAAACCACCCACUCUAAAAAGCUAAACCCUACUUUCCCCCCCCCACCAUCAGCCACCCGCCUCCCUCACCACCUUUCUCUCUCUCCCUUCCUUCACCAAACCACCCCACCAUCUCACGCCUCCCUCCCAUUCCCCAUAACCACCACACCACCACCAGCAUCUAUCACUAUCACCGUUGCCGCCGCCGCAGCAACCGCACCUGCCGCCGUCAGCACCACCUGCUCCCGCACGCCACCACCAACACCAGCCCCUGCACAGCAACUUCGGCCCACCGCCAACCACAGCCACCACCUGCCCCGCCACCGCCUUCAGCAGCCCACGAUCGCCGCCGCCGAGCUCCACAGCCGCCGCCGUCUGAACCGCCUCCGCCGUCAGCACAGCCGCCGCCGUCUGCCACCAUCCACCUCAUACUAUGGCUAAUCUCAAUACCUACAAGCGCCGACGAUGCCUAUUAGUCACAGACGAAGAGGACGAGGCCCCACCUAGCCCUCAGGCCUCUCCUAGCCGCCCCCCUCGCCCUCCCACGCCACCGAAGGAUAUCCGCCAUGUCUAUAAUGCCCCUUUCGCCAUAUAUGAAGAUUGGGAGGGCACUCGGUGGACGGCGUUAAAAGGGAAGCAAGUCACCCAACCUCGCUGUCUUGAUUGGCCACUGCUCAGAAGGUUGAAGCUUGACAAGGCCAUCGAGACACAUUUGAAGAAUAUGGGACUCUACAAGUUUUCACAAACCACGCCGCCGGGCUUGCUUCCGUUGCAUUUGGAGUUCCUUUGCACCCUCAACAUGACCGCCGACAAGUCCGAGCUCCAUUGUCGCAUGCUGAAUAGGCCGUGCGUCGUCACUUACCGGAUAAUGAAUGAAGUCUUUGGGUUUCACCCGAAGCGAUUAAAAGGUAUCCCGGAUACGUGGGUGGCGGCUAAUGCUUGGAAAGAGUUGACUGGUUUGCCCACUUGGACCGGCCAGGGUGCUCCGAGCAACCAACUCAUAGACUCCGACAUCGGCGUGCUACACAAGUUCCUGUCCUUCUGUGUUGUGGGCAAGGAACAGGCGAACAAAGUGAAUGCGUCAGAAGCCUAUAUGCUAUGGUGUGCAAAGCGUAAGAAGAAGAUUGACGCCACCACCAUCAUUUGGAACCAGCUGCACACCAUGGCUCGCCACGGGGGUUUCAAGCCCUCCCUGAGUCCUAUCUCUACCGCCCUGGCCCUCCAUUUCCGCCUCUAUCCACCGACCCAGGUCCCCGACCACCUGCGCGCCUCUGUCACUAGGCCGAUCGAUCGCUCAGAGCUUAAGACAUUUGUGGCCGCUGAUUUCACCAUCAUCCCACAGGCCCAACGCCCUAAUGUGCGUUCCAUCCUCCUGCAACUCAACCGGGGCGAAGGCACUUCAUCCUCGGCGCGCCAUGUUUUAGAUGACGAUGAUGAGGACGAUGAUGCCGAGGAGGAGGAGCCUGCGCCACCACCUGCUUUCGUCUGUGAUCCUGAAGCCGGCCCCUCCAAUGCCUUUUCAGCAGUUCCAGGCUCACUUUGACGAGUCCUUUGGCCAAUUCCGCCAGGAGGUCUACACUCGCUUUGAUACGGUGCAGGAUACGGUGGGUAGCCUCUAUAACAGGAUCGACGACAUCUAUGGUCAUCUGGACCAGCUUGGUGGCCAAGUGACGCCCAUGCAGCAAUAGUUGGGCGACAUCUAUGACCGUGUCAAUACCAUAGGCGGAGAGGUCACGCGUCUGCGUGAACAGGUGUCGUCAUAUGAUGCUCG